AUGCCUUAUGUGUUGGUUUCCACACAAAUCCGUUUGGAAUGUGGGCCCACUAUAGUGGGUGACACCACAAGUGACCCACAACUCAUGCAAUACUUGAAUGCAGAGAAGUCCACUCCAAUCGGAAACAAAUUUGAUGAGUGGAAAACUGAAGACAGUCCGCGAGUCGUUUUAGACAAACUCGAAGCCAUCGGAUAUGUAGUGAUCGCUAUGACAGGUGUGGGACAGACUUGCUGUUGGACUCUCCACAAGUCUAACAGCACUUCCAGUCAACCACUGCCUCUCAUAUAAGUUAUAUGAUAUAACCGACAUUUGUUUUACUAGUACAUAAAUUGCAAUUUGCUAUCACUAAUUGCAUAUAAGCUUGGUAUUUGCAUUUAUUUAUCAGAUACG